AGGCUUCCAUGGAUCUUCCACCUGACAAGGCAAAACUGCUGAAACAAUAUGACGACGAAAAGAAGUGGGGACUCAUCUGUGAUCAGGAACUCGUUCAAGCUAAAGACCCACCUUCACAUUAUUUGAAUAAAUUGCGGACAUAUUUGGAUCCCAAAGCAUCAAGAAGUUAUAGG